UGUGAGUGUACGUUGCUGGUCUGUCCCAACAAGCAAGCAAGAGCGCGUUAGCCUGCUGCUGCAGCCAAGAGAGGGGCUCUUCGGAGAUCAAUUCCUUUCAGAUCUACAUCGCACUUCCGGAUUUCGAUAGCUCAUGGCGGAGAUCAAAGUCGCUGCACUUGUUGGUGUCAUGACAGCCAUGGCCGGGCUGCUGGUAUUCUCAUCGCCUGCUCGUUGUGACACAGGAAUAGUCGCAGCUAGUUUCAAGGAACUCGAUGACGGAGAAAAGUCCCGUUCGGCAAAGCACAGAUGGAUCCGCCUCUUUGUGCGGGUAUUUUUCGUGUACGUGGUGUUCGCGACGUUCGCCGGACUAGAGUCAGUGAUUCGGAGGAGUUCAAUGGUCUUCACGGCGAAGCCGGCUGCAGGGCAAGCGAGGAGGUGGAGCCAUGAAGAAGCGACAAGAAGAGUGGUGCAACAGCACAUGGCGACACGAGGGAGAAGCGCUUUGGAAAAAGCGAGUGUGAAAAUGCCGACGAAGGAGGCCGCAGAAACAACGAGUUUCAGCAGUGAGAGCGAAGAUGUGAAGGCACGGGCUAGAAGAGCUGCGGCAAGAGAGAGGCGCAGGAAAGAGAAUGCGUUUCAAAGGGACGCGGACACUUGAGGGGCUAGACAUACUUAUCUCGAAACCUCUGCCAGACAUACAUAGGCUUUAGC